AUGGACGAAACAACGCAGGAAAUACAACAAAAUGAACUCGCGGCGCUCAGAGCCAUAUUCAUGGAGGACUUUCAGGAUGUCGAGACAAAAACAGCGUGGAACGUAAAGCCCGACAUGGCGGAGUUUGUCAUCACAGUGCGGCCGACAGAGGAUGUGAUCAAGGCCAGCGUGUCGGUCGGCCUGCGGGUGCGGCUGCCGCGGACGUAUCCGCGCACAGCACCGCAGAUCCAGCUUUCGGAGGGCGUCGGGCUCAGCGCAGCGCAGGUGCAGGGCGCGCAGGACAUGGCGCGGCAGCAGGCGGCAGCGCUGGUUGGCUGCGAGAUGGUCUACGAGCUGGCUGUGUCGCUGAGCGACUACAUUACGAUCAACAACUCGGCCGCGCAGGCGGCGCGGCCGUCGUUUCACCAGCAGAUGGUCGAGCGCGAGUACGCGGACCGACGUGCCGAUCUUGAGCGCGAGGAGGAAUUCAAACGCCAUGAGCAGGCUAUGUACGCAGAGGAGCAGGAGGAUCUGCACCGGCGCAUUGUCGAAGAGCUGGAGCGCAAGCACCAGCAGGUGGUGUCGGACCAGCAACGCCAGCAGCAGCACCUCAGCGACAUUGCCGACGCCGUCCACAGCGUAGCCGGGCGGUGGGCCGAGGGCAUCCAGCUCCUCAAGUUCGACUCGCUGAUCUACGUCGACCCGCAGCAGCCGAUGGCGCGCGAUGGGCGGUUCUCGACAGUUGCGUUGGAAGAGUCAGUGGUCGUGGAUCCUCUGUGCACAGUGUUCGACGCGUACCCACCGACCUGCUGGGCGCCAGCAUCCACCUGUCGGACCGGUUCACAGUACAGUGCUUCACGUUUGCACGCCGCUGGCUUUAUCCACCGCGGCGUCGCACCGGCCAAUAUUUUGCUGACCAAGGAGGCGCGCGGACGGUUCGUGGCCAAGCUCUUCAACACGAGCUAUCGCGAGGAGCUGAUUGAGCUGCACCGCAUGACGCCACUGUCGAACGCCAUUGGCGACUCUGUGGGCAACGACAUCCGCGUUGCUCCUGAAGUGCUGGACCGUCCUGACAUGCUUGGCCGCAAGAACGACAUUUGGUGCGCCGGCAUCGUUGGAAUGCAGAUGGCGCUGGGCGUCGACGUGAUGCGCAACGUGCCCAUUGGUCGCGAGCCGCACGUGCUGCACGAGCGCCGCGAUGACAUCGCGCCGCCGCUGUUCCGCGUACUGGCUAUGCUGCUGACUGCAGAUCACCGCCAGCGGCCGACUGCCAUGGAGGCCCUGAGCGACGCCUUUUUCAGUGAGGGUAUGGGUGGCGAGCCGUCGGUGCAGCGACAGGCGUUGGACAGCGCGUCGCGCGGCUUGACUUUUGAAAUGCAGCGCUCGGCUGCGCGCCUGGCUGACGAUGUCGGAGACGAAAGCGCGGCUGCUGAUGCGGCUCCGGCGCGGCGAUUCUUCUCGGUCGCACAGAAAAACAUUGCUGAAGCAGAGCUGCCGCAGCAGCAAACAAAGGAAAUUGCCGUUGCUGAUGCGCUGAUCCGCCAGCCGAUCCCCAAGCGCCACCCCGCCGCCGCGGAUUUCGAGGAGAUUGAGUUUCUGGGCAAGGGCGGCUUUGGCUCGGUCGUCAAGGCGCGCAACCGCAUUGAUGGCCGCUACUACGCCAUCAAGAAGAUUCGCCUGGAUGCGCGCGACACUGAGGGCAACAAGAAGAUAUUCCGCGAGGUCACCACGCUAUCACGCCUGCACCACGAGAACGUCGUGCGCUCUACUGGCUUACAGACAUCUGAUGACUCUAUGGCUAUGGCUAUGGGUCUCGCUGCCGCUGCCAAUUCGGUUUCGUCGUGGUCAACUGAGGAUUAUAGUGGCGAUAUGAGCGAUUCAGAUAGUGACAGCGAGUCGUCGUCGCUGUCUUCGUCAUCUGGCAGUGAUAGUGACUCUGAAUCCGACUCGGACUCUGAUUCGGAUGACAGCGAUAUCAGUGAUAGCUCGGGCAUGGGUGCUGCCAGCUUGGGUAACAUUAGCGAGCCAUCGAGCGCUUUGAACACGCGCUCGUGCGAUGAAGACAAUGGAGACGGCCGUCCGGGCGCUGUGUUUUCGGCUAUACGCUUUGGCACUAUGGGCGCGUUAAGCGAGGCUGAGGGCGCUGGCACGGAUAAGGGCAGUGUUGGCGGCAACUGUGGUGGUGGUGGCGGUGGUGGUGGCGGCGGCGGUAGUAGCGGGCAGCGGUCGCGGGCAGUGUCUGCGACAGCUUUGGCAGCCAUUAACCGACCAGUGCGUGAGUUUGUCGUUGAAUUCACCGACACGCAGACUGAUGAUGCACUGCGGACCAGUGAUGCCGACUCGUUUUCUGAUAGCAGCAGCAGCAACAGCAGCGGCGCGCGGCUGAGCGAGGCACUUUUACGCGAGCAAAAAAACCCGCACCCUAAGUCAAAGUCAAAAUCAAAGUCAGGGUCAAGGUCAGGGUCAAAAUCCAAGUCUCAGACCAAGCCCAAGUCAGAAACAGAGGUCAAGGCCAAAUCCAAAUCCAAGGCCAAGGGCAAGGCAAAGCAGCCCCACCAGCAGCUCAGGCGGAUUAAGGCCAGUGGGACUGCGAGCCAAAAGCAAAAGAAGAUCCUGUACAUCCAGAUGGAGUACUGCGAAAACAAGACGCUGAACGAUUUGAUACGAGAGGGUCUGGACGAGAAAGAGACCUGGCGUAUGUUUGGCCAGAUCCUUGAGGGCCUGAACCACAUCCACCAAAGCGGUGUGAUCCACCGGGAUCUCAAGCCAGUCAAUGCGUUUUUGGACGGCGCCGGCGAUAUCAAGAUCGGCGACUUUGGCCUGGCAACGUCGAGCUUUGCGCCCAUUGACGCCACGGCGUCGCGCCACAUGAGCCUGGACCGCAGCAUCAAUGGCGCGGCUGGCGAGGACGGCAUGACGGCAGACAUUGGCACGUCGUCGUAUGUGGCGCCCGAGGUCACGGCAAAAAGCAGUAAUGGCGCGACGCGGUACAACCAAAAGGUUGACAUGUACUCGCUGGGUAUCAUUUUCUUUGAGAUGUGCUACCCGCUGCUGACCGGCAUGGAGCGCGCUACGGUGCUGCACAACCUGCGCAAGCCCGAGAUCGAGUUUCCGGACGACUUUCAGACGGACAAGAUGCAGCUGCAGUACCAGAUCAUCAAGCGCUUGCUCAACCACAACCCACGCCUGCGGCCCUCCAGCGCAGAGCUUCUCGAGAGCGAUCUGCUGCCACCCAAGAUGGAGGACGAGUACAUUCGCGAGACCAUCCGCACCAUUGCCAACCCGUCGCAGCCGUACUUUACCAAGCUGAUGGACUCUCUGUUUGCGCACCAGACGGACAAGCUUAUCGAUGCGACCUUUGACUAUCGCUCGAAUGACAUGCAGACGGAGCAGCUCAAUGCAGUUUUCCUCGACCGCAUCCGCGAGCUGAUGACACGUGUGUUCCGCAUUCACGCGGCCGUCGAGCUGUCGACCCCGGCGCUGACACCACGCACUGAGUUGCUGGACAUGUACCAGAAGCCGGCGUUGUACCUCGACCCGAAGGGAAACGUGGUGCAGCUCCCGUACGAUCAAACCGUGCCGUUUGCUAGGUAUGUUGCACGCACCAAGAUGACCGAGAUUAAGCGCUACUGUUUCGAUCGGUACUUUGUGGCCAACGCUGCGGGCGGCCAGCCUGUCAGCCACAGCGCUGCAUCCUUUGAUGCCGUCACUAACCGCAGCGCGCAUGCUGUGGCCGCGGCCGAGGUCAUAUCAGUGGCCUGCGAGGUGUUCGACGAGCUACCGGCGUUCCGCGGCGUGCCCACAGUGCUGAUGCUCAACCAUAUGAGCAUCCUGGAUGCCAUUCUGACAUACUGUGGCAUCCUGCACCCUGAGUGGACUGCUGCCGUCGACCGCAAGCAGGGCGCGGUCAGUCCUGGUGAUGACGAUGGCAGCGGAGUGAGAGUGGAGGACAAGCAGAGACAUGUGCAGUUUGUGCGCAACGUGUGCUUCUGUCUGGGCGGCCUGUACAAGGACAAGCCGCACACUAUCAGGCAGCGCAUCCAGGUGAUGAGCCUGACGACCGGCAUGAGGCUGCACUCGCAGGCGCUGGAUCGGCUGCAGAUAUUCAUGGAGGUGCGCGGUGACCUGAACUCUGUGCAGCGCGAAGUGCUCGCGAGAAUCGGCAGCGAGUGCGGCAUGUCGGGGACGGCGUAUGCAGCCAAAGGAGCUGAGUACGUGCAGGCUGUCAUCAGGGCGUUCAACGAGCUGCGGUACGUUGAGGCGUCGGUGAGGCACUUUGGCGUGGCGAUCCCGUUUGUCUAUGCGCCGCUGUACAACCACCACUAUGCGUACUACGAGGGCGGGUAUGCGUUCCAGAUAAUGACCGAUCGCUCGCCUGGCAAGGGGCGCACCCCACAGGUGCUGGCGGUGGGCGGCCGCUACGACGGGCUGCUCAAGCGGUUUCGACACUUGGCCGGCAACUAUACGUUAGAGGAUGACGGCUCUAAGAUUGCCAGCGAUCAGAAAAUUAACACUAUGGCUGCGGCGGCUGCGCGCGGCAAGCAGCGGGGGGCGACCACGACAAAGUUUGUUGGCAAGCCGCCGUUGACCAAGCUGGGGUCUGACAAGGCCGGUGGUGGGCCCGAAAAGUCGUCCAUGGCGUUUGCUCGUCGUACGGGAUCGGUCCACUCGACAGAUGUAUGGAAGAAAAUGUACGACAAGGCCGCAGGCGGCAGCAGUACCGGUAGCGGCGGUUGGGAUCCAUCGCCGGGAUCCGUGUCCAUUGGCACCAAUCUGUCGACUGGCAGCGCCGUUCUGGGUACGGCUCGCGACGUGGUGUGCAUUGGCGUGCAGAUCCAACUCGAUUUGGUCAUCCAGGAGAUGGCUUGGCUCUUCGAUGCCAACUUUGGUCUGUGGACGCGCAAGCGCUGCGAUGUUGUUGUAGCGUCCUUUGGCACUCGGCCCAUGCUCCGCGAGCGCAUUGCUUUGGCGCGCGAGCUGUGGAGACAUGGGCUGCGCACCGAUUUCUUGUUCAAUGACGAUCCCGAGAUGACCAUGGAGAGAUUGCGAGCAUUGCGUGCGGACCUCAAGACUCACGAGAGUAGGGGUGGCGCUUUUAUGGGGAGCAUCGGCGAAAACAGCGGGCCGCUGAUGAUGCCCAAGGAUGCGGCUGGUGCGGUCGGGAUUGGUUCCAGUGGCAUGGGUGCGGGUGGUUCUGGGCUGGGCAUUGGCAUUGGCGUUGGCGGUGGAAACAGCGGCAGCGUUGGCAGCAGCUUAGGGAUUGGUGGUCAACAGCAAGCCUCGGGCGCGGGAAUGCAGCAGCAGUUUUCCAACAUCAACAUUGCCGCCAUCAACCACCCUAACCCACCAGUGCCCAGCAACAGCAGCGGCAACGGGCGCCUCGAGCUGGUCUUGGUCAACCCGCAGCAAACAUCGACAAAGAAUCUGAAUCGGUCUAAACAUAAGCAGAAAAUGGCCCUCACUGACCGUGCAAUGUCCAGUGUUGGCAGGAUCAUGGGGGAAGUGAAGGGCGCACCGGUGUUGGUUUUGGAUUUGGGACCGGAGCUGAUUCUUGUAGAUGUGGCCUAUUUAGAAGUCGAUAUAGCAGAAGAGGCUAAAGAGAUUGAUGCAGUUGUAGAUUCUGAUGUAGUUGAUGCGGUUGACGAGGAGGGGACAUUGGCUUUCCAAGUCAACAAGUGCGCAUUAUAA